AUGUCAACCUUCCAAGGUUUACCCCACAAUUCAUUAGCGGAACUCGAUGAGGCCAAAGUGGACCAGUCUCCACUAUUAGGCUUGCCGCUAGAUAUUUUUCUCCCAAUAUGCGAAUACGCGGGUCUAAAGAGCCGAAUUGCCCUUUCGCUAACCACGAAGCGGCUGCGAUAUCUCAGUCCUAAAAAGGAGGACAUGACAUUUCCAGAAACACUCUGCGUUUCUAGAAUCUAUCGACAAAUCCUCCCACCUCGUGAAAUAGAGUGCGUUUAUGCAGGACUAGGUCAGGGGCCGGACCCUGAAGAGGCUGAGAAUCAGACGAUUAAAUGCCAAUUUUGUCUUGCGCCGUUGUGUUCACCACGAUGUUCAACAGCUCUGUUUCUCGAUAUUGCUACUGGGACCUUUUACCCGGAGUCACUUUAUCCUGUCAGCAGAGCAAAACUUCUAUGGUACCCAGACACUACGACUAGGGAUCAUGAAUUUGCGUAUUCCUGGAAACGUUUUCAUUCUAGCGCCUUCAAAAUCGGUACUACUUACUCUACAAUUUGGUGUGAGCACCAUCGAUGCCCUCGAGAUAUAUUUGCGGCUUCGAAUUCAAAGACUCCAGCGAAUAAAAAGGGUAGUGGGAAAUCAAAUUCAGCAAAGGAGAAGACCAAACAAGUUCUCGAAAAGUUGAAAAUCGGAUCAUCAAAAUCAAAGCCACUGCCAUUUCAUCCAAUAGAAAAACUCAAGUUUGAGAUAGACCUGUCUGAUGUACUCAAUAUUUGUCGCGGUGGUCAUGAAAUCUCACGGAAUUGGAUGGUUAGUCGAUUCUACGUUGGCGACAGGGCCAUUCCUGAACCAACCUACCAGAAUACCGAGCCUGUCUACGAAAGGUUUUUCUACGAUAUUCUCUGCCGCCACUGCCUCCGUCUCCACCUAAUAGAUCAACCUCGUGAUAGAAUCGUCCCAACAAAAGCCUGGACCGAUGAAUACAUCUCCAGUCUAAGCUGUGUUUGUAACUGGACUGGCAGGUUAAAAACAAGUGGUUGCGGAACAUGUGGGAUAUCUACGGUCAAAUUCACAUCCAUCGAGGCUUUCGAUCCAACGGUGGAAACGGUAAAAACCGAGACGGUGAAGCAAAAAUAUACACUUUACCUCGCUACAGAAUGUAGAAUUGAAAUAGCUGUUGGAGCAAAAAGACCAGGCAAAGUGGAGUACCGCAAGCGAGAAGUCGAUGAGUACAACAAAUGGAGGGGUAUCGCAUGGAGAAGUAAUGGAUUCAGGCCGUCGGAGGAACAUGGAACGGACUUUGAAAUCCAAAGGAUCGUCCCCCAGUCUCCGGAAAUGGCGCAAAAACAAUUAGCAAUUGUUAGAGGAGAACAAUUUGCUGUCUUGCCGCCGCCACCAAGAGUAGGAAUAACUGAUUUACCAUAUCCGGUGCUGAAGAAAAUUCUGGUGUAUAUUUUAGGGGAAGAUGGGGAAGGAGUCAUGGAGAAGGAUGGCCUGUCGGCGUGUUUGAGGACGAGUUAUGAAUUGUAUAAGGCGUGGUAUUGUGAGGAUGCGGCGUCGGCGGCUUUGGAGUGGAUGAGGCAAGAAGUUAGGGAGACUAACAAAGGGUUCUACUUUUAG